AUGAGCUACUGGGCAGACUACCUACUUGAUUGUGAAGAACAAGACAGUUCGGUGUCUCUUGAGGAGCUCUUCAUGUUUGCCACAGGUGUACCAUGCGUGCCUCCAGCAGGAAUUGAUCUAACUCCACGCCUCGAGUUUCUCACCAGUUCGAAAUUUCCAAUGGCAAAUACAUGUUCCAAUACUUUAAAGCUGCCUCUGCUGCAUUGCUACAGUGCCUUUAAAACCAACAUGAACUUUGGGAUAAAGAAUUCCCCUGGAUUUGGAUGUCAUUGCCAUAAGAUUGUCGUAUCUCACUAG